AUGAUGUUUUGGGACAUUGUUAAAGCUGACAAGCAACCGAAUGGAAAAUCAGCGGCUGAGAAACUGGUGCAGGGUGAGGAUGGAGUGGACGAGAAUGCUGAAGCUGCAGCUGCUGCUGCUGAGAUAAUCAUUCUGAGUGCUCGAACGGCGGCAGCGGAGCAGAAGCUAUCUGAAGCUGCGUCUCAUAAGAUACCCGCAGAGGGCUCUAGAUGCGAGAGAUCUGACAACCGAGAGGAAGAUAGACCAGCCCGGGAAAGUGUACCACGAGAGAGAAAAAAAAGAGAAGAGGGACCUCAUCGUACAAUCGUGCACGAGCAAGGAACAAGACAGCAGAGCGAGGAGGACGUGGCCGACGAGGUUAACUCAAGCAAUCGGGAUGAUAUGCCCCAAGGUAAUCUGGAAGGACGUAGCACCCAAAGUCCACGGCAAUUCCAAAGUACUACGAAAUUUGUGCCCGAACCAAAACAAACACAACCAGCAGCUCCGACAGGAUCUGGGCCUUCAAUGUAG